AUGGAGAGUGAAAGAUUUGAUGAAGUUUGUGAAAGGAUAGAGUUAAAGUUAGAAUCAAGAUUAAAUCCAAAUGAGUUGAUUGAAAAGGGUAUUAUAAAGUCAAGCUUAUUGGUAUCACCAAGUAUACAUGACAAACAAUCAAAGAUCAAGUUUCAACAAACCGGUCAUAAAAUCGAUAGGAUGUUAAAUAAUAGACCUGAUAUGAAUCGAUUAAUUGAUACCAAUAUAAUGGUUGAUUCACCAGAGAAUCUAGCACCAUCACUUCAAUCAAGUAAAAAAUCAUUUACAUUUAAUCAAACUCAAAAUAGUCUACGUGAUAAGUUUGAUAAUAUAAUAAUGAUUCAAAAUACAUCAUCAUCAUUUGAUGAUGACUCUAGUUCAACAACUGGAACUGGAACCGGAAGUUUAAAUAGAAGUGGAGGUAUAAGUAGAAGUGGAAGUAGUUAUUCUAUAAGUGGUGGAAGUCUAAGUAGAAGUGGUAGUAGUUAUUCUAUUAGUGGAGGAAUUGGUGGAGAUCUGAUGAUAAUGUCAGAGACUUCAUCAUUGUUGGAAUCAAAGUUGGUGUGUCGAAGUGAUAGAGAAUCGCUGAUCAAGAAUAAUAUUAUAAAGAGUGGUGUUGAUGUUGCACCUUCGAUACAGGCACUUCAAGGAUCACUCAAAUUUGCACAAACUCAUCAUCAGCUGACUCCAAAAUUAAAUCAAAGACCUCCAACUCAAACUUUAAUCAAUAGUAAUAUAAUUAAAUCUUCAUCUAUAAAUAAUUUAAGUGAUUUCACAAAUAACAAUAAUAAUAAUAAUAAUAAUAAUGAUCAUGAUGACAAUAAUAAUGAAAAUAUUAAUAAUAAUAAUAAUAAUAAUAAUAAUAAUAAUAUUAAUAAUAAUAAUAAUAAUAAUAAUAAUAAUAAUAAUAAUAUAAACAGUUUUGAAACUUGUACAGAUCUGAAUUCACAAAGAAUAGUAAAUCAUCUUGACCUUCAUCUUGUAAAUAGACCAACCAUGGAAAAUUUAAUUAAUCAAAAUAUUUUAAAAGAAUCAACCAAUGAAUCAUCACCAUCAAUUCAAUAUAAAAAGAAUAGAUUACAAUUUGAACAAAGAAGGAAACAACUUGGAUCAAUGGUUGAAAGUCGACCUAGUAAAGCAUCGCUUUUAAAUAAUAAUAUUUUACAUCCUGAUCAUUUGGGCAGCACUGAUAACAAUGCCAACAACAACGAUGAUGGCAAUAUUAGUGAUGAUGACGAUGGUGAUGAUAAUAAUAAUGAUGAUGAUGAUCAUAAUAUUUUAACGCCAUCCAUUGACAGAAACAUUGACAAUAAUAAUAAUAAUAUUCAUGAAAAUGAUAAAGAAGAAGAAGAGGAAGAAGAAGAAGAAAUGGAUCAAUAUAUUCAAGAUCAUCCAUUAAAUUCUAUUCCAACAAACUCGAAUAAUAAUCAUUAA